CGAUAGUUUGUGGCAUUGUUUUGAUCAGGUGGCAUCUCCAUUCUGAAAUAAAUGGCGCUGAUUUACAAGCAUUUUUUGUAAAAUACCUAUAGCUAAAAAUGUCCAGUGAAAACAGCGAGUAUUAUAGUGACAAGGAGGAAGACUCGGUGGUCAACAACUCCAGUUUAGGCCGAUCAAGGAAAUCCUCGCGGCUCAGCAAAUCGUCGCGACUCAGCAAAUCCUCGCGCCCCAGCAGCGCUGGCGUGGUUAUAGAUGAAACGCAAUCAGAGGAGGAAGAGUCCCAGUCGAGUGAGACUGCGGAAUCCGAAAAGUCCGAUGAGUCCGACAACUCGCAAAAUUCCCAGGAGUCAGAAGACUCUGAGGACGACAGCGUUCGUCCGUCCGCUAGGAACACUAAGAGGAAGCCCUUGGGAAUCCCCUCCGAUAGCGAGGAUGAGGAGGACGAGCUGGAACAGCGCGCUUUGUCACCCAGCACCCGCAUGAGCAUCACUGGAGUGCGGCCUCAGGAUCUCAGCGAUGACGACAGCGAGAUCGAGUACAGCGAUGAAGUGCAGGAGGGACCCACGGAGGCACCCACUGCCGAAGCGGUCGUGCCGCGCUACACCACACAGUUUGCUGGUAAUAUACAGAACGACCUCCAUUCGACGAUUGGCGCUGCGGAUUCUGAGGUCUUGGACGACUCCAGUGGCAGUGAUGUGCUCAUACUCAGCAACAAGGAGACACCUAUUGAGAUACUAUCCAGCACAGACGACGAUGCCACCACCAAUAAGGAAAACAUGUCCGGCCCGCCGUUUGAACGCCCAUCAAAGUCUUUGUCGCCCAGAAGCAGUGCUGGCGCUUCGGUGGUCAAGACAAGCAAGAAUCUCAGUCAGCCAACAAUACAAGCGGUUCUUAAGCAAAAGACAUCUCCUGCCGCUCCACGUCGAUCUCGGAUUAAGAGCGAGGACCAGAAGGUGGUCAGCCAGGUGGUCUACGAUGAGGAGAUGCGUAAGCUGGCCGAAAAGCGCGUUCAGGUAAGCGAUGCGGAGAAGCUCUUCGAGAAAGUGGCCCACAAGCUGCCCGAUAAGGGCAGCCAGAUUAUGAAGCGCAUUGACACCCUGCGCCGUGAGCUCGCAAUGGACGAGCAAUGGAUUAGCGCACUAAGGGUUCAGCAGAGUAAUGUGCCUGCCGUCAGAGUGGUUAAGCCAACACUAAAUCCACCCAGAGCUCCAUCAAUCGAUACUCUUGACUGGGAUGAGUUGUCGGAGGCGGUCAAUGAAAUAAAGCCCGUCUACACGGGUGCCCAAGGAAUGGCCACAUUUAACAACCAGAAGGCACUGACCCUGGAAUCGCUAAAGGACCUCCACGUCUCACUCGAGGACCUUCCUGGACCCGAAGUGCUCGCAGAGGACCCUGUUGGCCUGAAGGUAUCGCUUAUGAACCACCAAAAGCACGCCUUAGCCUGGAUGUCCUGGCGUGAACGUAAACUACCUCGGGGAGGAAUCCUGGCGGACGAUAUGGGUUUGGGCAAGACUCUAACCAUGAUCUCGUCUGUCCUCGCUUGCAAAAAUGGCCAAGAAAUGUCCGAAGGCAAAGAUGAGAGCAGUGACAGCGACAGUGAGGAUGAUAAAAAUAAGAAGCGAAAAAGCGUGACCGGAUGGAAAUCCAAGGGCCGUAAAGAUACGCGUAGGGGCGGCACAUUGGUGGUGUGCCCUGCCAGCUUGCUGCGUCAGUGGGAGAGCGAGGUGGAGUCGAAGGUUUCGCGUCAGAAGCUGACCGUUUGCGUGCACCAUGGCAACAAUCGGGAGACGAAGGGAAAGUACCUUCGAGACUACGAUAUUGUGGUGACAACCUACCAAAUUGUGGCGCGGGAGCACAAGAGCUUGAGUGCUGUGUUUGGUGUCAAGUGGCGGCGGAUCAUUUUGGACGAGGCGCACGUGGUGCGCAAUCAUAAAUCGCAGUCAUCAUUGGCGGUGUGUGAUUUACGUGGCAAAUAUCGUUGGGCAUUGACUGGCACUCCUAUUCAAAACAAGGAACUGGAUGUCUAUGCCCUGCUCAAGUUCUUGCGCUGCUCGCCCUUUGAUGAUUUACACACGUGGAAGAAGUGGAUUGACAACAAGAGUGCUGGAGGGCAAAACCGGCUCAAUCUGCUAAUGAAGUCACUCAUGCUAAGGCGCACCAAAGCACAGUUGCAAUCGGACGGCAAGCUGAACAGCUUGCCCAAUAAAGAGCUGCGCCUGAUCGAGAUCUCGCUGGACAAGGAGGAGAUGAAUGUUUACCAAACUGUAAUGACUUAUUCCAGGACACUGUUCGCUCAGUUUCUCCAUCAGCGCGCCGAGAGAGAAACUGAUUUUAAUUACAGAAGCGAUGCCAAUAAACCAACCUACAAUCAAAUUAAAGAUCCCAAUGGGGCAUAUUACAAAAUGCACGAAAAGUUUGCCAGAAUGGCUGGAAGCAAAAAGGAGGUAAAAUCUCAUGAUAUAUUGGUGUUACUGCUGCGUCUUCGACAAAUUUGCUGUCAUCCUGGCCUUAUUGAUGCGAUGCUGGAUGGAGAGGAAUCCCAGACCAUGGGAGACCACAGUAGUGACAGCGAUACACCCGAAAUCGAUUUGUUGGCCCAGCUCAAUAAACUCGCAAUUACGGACACCUCCACCGACGGUCAGCAAUCGGUUGCCAAUGCAGGUGACGACGGUCCUCCGCUAUUGCCGGAUGAAGCCCGCAUUGCCAAGGCCUCCAAGAAUCUGCUGAAACGCAGCAACCCGGUAUUUAAUCUGCAUCGUCCCUCUUCAAAAAUUAACAUGGUGAUACAAAUCCUUAAGACAUCGAUUCUGAAGAGCUCGGACGACAAGGCCAUAGUAGUAUCUCAGUGGACGUCAGUGUUAGACAUUCUUCGCGACCAUUUGAGUAAGGAUGGUGUGGCGACCUUAUCAUUAAACGGUACCAUUCCGGUUAAAAACCGUCAGGACAUUGUUAAUGAGUUCAACGAUCGCAACAAUCAGAAGCGCGUUCUCUUGCUUUCCCUUACUGCUGGCGGUGUGGGUUUGAACCUGAUUGGUGCCAACCACCUGUUGCUUUUGGAUCUGCACUGGAAUCCUCAGUUGGAGGCUCAGGCCCAGGACCGUAUAUACCGCGUUGGCCAAAAAAAGAACGUGAUCAUUUAUAAGUUCAUGUGCGUGGACACAGUUGAGCAGCGGAUCAAAGGAUUGCAAGAUAAAAAAUUGGAUCUUGCCGAUGGUGUCCUUACAGGCGCCAAAGUUAGCUCUAAACUUACUAUAGAUGACCUUAAAGGUUUGUUUGGAAUGUGAGCUUGCUUUUAACGUUUCGUAUUUUAUCAACUUCCAUACUUAUUUUUUGUCGUUUUGCAAAUGCAUUCCAUAGAUAACCAUUUUAUGUUUAUUUACAGCGAAAUAUUUAUUCAAGAUUAUUGUAAAUUUUGUUUAAUGUUUUCAUUUCUUUGUUUCAAAGCUUUGUAUUAAAAUUAACUAGAAUACCAUUUAAGUUGUUUGGUGAUUUAUAAUGAGUUCCAUUAAAAUUGAAAUGUGUUCUACUAUGUUUUAAUAUCCU